CCGCAGGGAACCACUUCCGGGGGAGCGGCCCGGCGGCGCGGGAGAAGUUGGCUCUGGAGGCUGGUGAGUCAGAGGAGACCGAAGGCAGCAGGCAGCUGAGGUCAUGGCCUCCGACCUGGACUUCUCACCCCCUGAGGUGCCCGAGCCUACUUUCCUGGAGAACCUGCUACGGUACGGACUCUUCUUGGGAGCCAUCUUCCAGCUCAUCUGUGUGCUGGCCAUCAUCGUACCUGUUCCCAGGUCCCACGAGGUGGAGGCAGAACCCUCCGAGCCUAGAAGCGUGGAGGUGACGAGGAGGCCCAAGGCUGCUGCUCUGUCCGCCAGCAAGAGGCCCAAGAAGGAGGCCAAGAAGAAGCGGUAGAAGAAGAGGCCCCGGAGCCAGGCAGGUGGGGCGGGGGCCCGGGGGCAGCCCUCCCAGGACUCAACGUCCUCUUCCCUCGCUCACUCCAGGGUCAGGGCUGAGGUGGCCGGGCCCUCUCUGACCGCUCGGAUCUGGACAGUCGUGGCAGACCCCAGGCCCCAGCUGGACAGCCCACCACUUCCUCUUCCUUCUGCUUCCAUGACAGCUUAGAGCCAGGGGGACCAAAACCCCCUACGAGCAGAGGCUGUCUAAGAAGCCUGUCUGUUCAGAAGUCGAGUCAGCUCGGAGUGACAUUUCCAUGCUGAAUCAUUGCGUCCAGCCUUUACUUACUCACCUUGUGGAUUUACACUACCUUCUAGAGUCAUGAUCUCAUGCUGACAAGCACUGCCCCUCCCGUUGCGCGUACACCGCAGAUCUGCUCACCAGUCACCUCUGUCCCUGCUGGUUACAGAAGGAGCCAGGCCAGGCCUUCCCUGUGUUUAAGUCAAGACGCCAUGACCACUGUGAUGUUAGUGGUCCCACAGGCACGACAGCCAGGUCCGAAGCUGCCUGGCGUGAGGAGCAGCGGGAAAGCCGUCGGGGCCAUGCCUGGUCCUCCUCUGGCACAGGGAAGGGACUUGGCCCGUGCCUUUGGGCCUAGUCUUUCUUAGCCUCUGAAAUGGGGGCUUGCUGAUCUCAGACCGACCUCUUUUUGGCCCGUCACGGUACAUCCAGUGUGUGCCUUUGGCUUCCAUCUGACACGUCCCCACUUCCCCUAAUCCCUUCAACCCCAGAAUAGCGAGGAAAACUCAUCUGGGCAAAUAAACAUCAAUAAACUGUCUCCCAGGCUGGA